UAAUACCUCACUUUCAACAAUGGAUAGAUCAUCCAAACAGAAAAUCAGUAAGGAAACUGGAUUUGAACUACACUAUACACCAAAUGGGCCUUUCUGCACUACCCAGAGAGGAGUAGAUAUGGCAUUGUUCUGAGUUCCCAUCAUAACUUAAAGGGAAACUUCCACAAUGUUUAGAGCCCUUCAUGUCCUGCAAAUGAAGGAGGAUGUUCUCAAGUUCCUUGAAGCAGGAACCCACUUAGGUGGCACCAAUCUUGACUUCCAAAUGGAACAGUUCAACUACAAAAGGAAAACUGAAGGCACUUACAUCAUAAAUCUGAAGAGAACCUGGAAGAUGUUUCUGCUGGCAGUUUGUGCCAUUGUUGCCAUUGAAAACCCAGCUGAUGACAGUGUCACAUUGUUGAUGAAUACUAUCCAGAAAGCUGUGCUGAAGUUUGAUGAUGCCACUGGAGACACUCACUGCUGGCUGCUUCACUCCUGUAACCUUCACUUACCAGAUCUGGGCAGCCUUCCAGGAGCCGAGACUUCUGGUACUGAUCUCAGGACUGACCGCCAUCCUCUCACAGAGGCAUAUUAUGUUAACGUGCCUACCAUUUUUCUUUGUUACACAGAGUCUACUCUGCACUAGGUGGACAUGCCAUCCUGUGCAACAGAAAAGGAGCUCACUAAGUGGGUCUGAUGUGGUGGAUGCUGACCUGGGAAGUUUCCCAUGUGCUGGGUACAAUCACCCUCUCCCCCAGAAGUGGAAAGGGGCAUCUGUGACCUGAGGCUUCAGGAGCCACAGCAGUUCACGUGACCCAGGUCCCGGUAAUGGCACCACCAACACCAGCCCUACUGGCAAUGGGGGAUGGACACAAGAUCCCAGGUCCCUGGCAGCAGUGGCAACACCAAAGAACUCAGCACCUCUGGCAGUAGUGCUGUCAGCACCCUCAGAUUAACCCAGGAGCAGCAGCACCUGAGCCUGUGAAGAGAGCCAGGAAACUGACAGUGGAGCCCACAACCCCAGUCCCCUGCAGUAGACGUGCCCACAUCAGCCCCAUAUGUGGCAGUGGUGCCCGCAGAGCCAAUAAACCCAGAGGUGGUGAAGGUGCGCAUGACCCCAGCUCUCACCUCACCACCUCCCUCCACCAUGCUGAGGUAACAUGACAUCCAGGUGACCCCAGAAGCAGCAAAGGUGCUUGCACCCUGAUGACCCCAGUGGCAGCACCCACAACUACAGUGAUAUAAGCAGCAAGGCAUCAACAAUCUUAGAGGCAAAGGCAGCACAAGGAGGGAACUGUCAAUGCCUCUGGCAGAGUCAGUGGAGGGCGAAAAAUGGAGGCUCCCAAAUACAACAAGAAUCAGCUUAGAAUCAAAGUAACCAAAGCUGCAUCCAAAUAAGAAAGGUGUUUACUACCACAAGUGCACUGGCAGCAGAACAACUCAUCAAGCACCAUGAAGAGUUGCAGUAACAUGGUAGCACAAGAAGAAAAUGAUGGCUCUCCAGAAACCAAACUUGAAGUCACAGAAGAUUGUGGUCUGAUAGAGAAUUCAAAAUAGGUGUCAUGAAGAAAUUACAAUAAUGAGUUACAAUAAAACUCAGGAAGACAGUUUACUGAGCUCAGAAAUCAAAUUAAUGAACAGGAGGAGUACUUCACCAAAGAGGUUGAAACACAAAUUCUGGAAAUGAAGAAUACAAUUAAUGAGCUGAAGAAUAAAGUAGAAAGUAUUGAAAAUAGAGCAGGUAAUAUGGAAGAUAGAAUUAGCAAGCUUGAAUAUCGAACUCUAGAAAUGAUUCAGGUGGAAUAGGACAGAGAACUAAGAUUUGCUUUUUAAUGUAGCAAUUC